AUGAAUCUAUCAUCAAUACAACUUUUUAUUCUAUCAUUAUUAGUACUUAUUUUAUUAUUGCUAUAUAAUGCGAAUGGGAAAAGCCAGUCAGAAGAAUGUGAACCUGGUAUGUGUCGCUCAAAAUGGGGCUUCUGUGGUACAGGUCCUGAAUAUUGUGACAAUACGGAUCCACAAUCAGAACAACAAAAUCAAGGUGAAGAAUGUCCGCCUGGCAUGUGUCGAUCAAAAUGGGGAUUUUGUGGUAUAGGUCCGGAAUAUUGUGAAGAAAAACAUGAUUCAUCGAAUCCCACUGCAAAGCUACAGACAACUCGAAAGGAGUGUCCACCUGGUAUGUGUCGUUCAAAAUGGGGUUAUUGUGGAACAGGCCCGGAAUAUUGCGAAGGAAGUCAUGAUUCCUCAAAUUUCGUUGCAAAGCCACAGUCAACUCAAAAAAAUCAAGGUGAAGAAUGUCCACCUGGCAUGUGUCGUUCUAAAUGGGGUUAUUGUGGUACAGGUCCGGAAUAUUGCGAAGCAAAACAUGAUUCCUCAAAUUUCACUGCAAAACCACAGCCAACUAGUAAUUUUAAAUGUUCACAUUAA